GAGUUGAAGAUACGUAAUUAUUUGAAAGAGAAUUGGUCGAGUGAUUUGGUGAAAAUGUUGAAAACAGAAAAGAAUGAGGGUUUGAUUCGUGCGAAGAUAUUCGGUGCGGAAAGGUCGUCGGGUGAGGUGUUGAUAUUCUUGGAUAGUCACUGUGAGGUGAACGAACGAUGGAUCGAGCCCUUAUUGAAUCGUAUCGUAACCAAUCCAAAAACUGUGGUGUGUCCAAUAAUCGACAUAAUCGAUGCAGACACAAUGCGAUACAUUGAAUCGCCGGUUUGUAAAGGUGGAAUGUCGUGGUCGUUGGUCUUCAAAUGGGAUUACCCACCACGAUCGUAUUUUGAUUCACCGGAAAAAUACAUUCAACCACUGCAAUCGGCCACUAUGGCUGGUGGUUUGUUUGCGAUUAAACGAGACUAUUUCGUUGAAUUGGGCGAAUACGAUCGUGGAAUGGACAUUUGGGGAGCCGAAAAUGUUGAAAUC